AUGGACUUAAUCAGCUCCUUGCCGGAUGCGAUACUCCAACAUAUCCUCUUCUUUGUUCCGACGCAACUCGCCAUCACAACUUCUAUCUUGUCUAGACGAUGGAGGCAUGUAUGGUCUGAUACACCUUCUCUUUCCUUUGAUGAUAGUUAUGGGCCGCCAGUGCAUGCUGCUUGGAUAAACGAAACCCUAACUCGCUACACAGCUCCCAAGAUGAUCAAGUUUCAUCUCAACACCAGGAUGAAUCCCACUGUUUCCAGCAUGAACAGGUGGAUCCAGUUCGCCAUGUCCCGCAACGUGGAGAAUCUAUCCCUCUGCGUCGGUAUUGUUGGUGAUUAUAAAUAUAGUAUUCCUGAUUUCUUCUGGACCAGUUCGUCUAUCAAGCAACUCAACUUUGAGUUACCAUAUUCUUAUAUCAUUCCCUCAUGUUCUGUAUCUUGGACAUCGCUAAAGAAGUUGUCCUUGUCUAACUGUUAUCUCUCCGAUGAAUCUCUUGCUAAGAUUCUAUGUGGUUGUCCGAUUCUCGAAAGCUUAAAAUUGAAUCAUUGUCUACAUCUUAGCGUUCUUGAUCUCAGCAAAUCGCUGGGCGUGAGAACAAUAGAAAUAGCCUGCACCGGUUUUGUGUCGGGGCCAAUGCAGAUUGUGGCACCACAUGUCCAUUCUCUCAGAUUGCACAACUUUAAGCCACCAUGUGCUUUAGUAGAUGUCUCGUCUUUAACUGAAGCUAGAGUGGACGUUUCCUGUCACUCAGUUCGAGAGACAUUGAUUGCUUAUCUAUUUCAAUUCCUUCGUGAAAUGCUAGAGAAGUUGCAGAAUGCAGAGAAGCUUACUUUUGGGUGCAACAUUCUUCAGAACUAUUGUGACGACUGCGUGGGCGUGGGAGGUUGGAGAUCAAAAGAUGGAGCCUCUUGGAAUAGAUCCCACUGGGAAUUAGAGUCGAAGCGCGUGGCUUCAUUUGUGAAACUUGUGCUUAAAAACGCAAAUGCAUUAGACAAGAUGGUUCUACAGUUAUACGGAGAUUACCCUAGGUUUAAGUUUGAAGAGUUGGUUCAAACACUUCCUCACAACAAUACUAUCUCCAUUGUGCUCUCAACCAGGCAGAAUGGCACACAUCAUAUGAGUGGUGAAUCAUAG